GUGGCUGAAAACUACAUCGAGCAACGCGGCUAAAUACCCGGCGGGGGCGGCGGGGGUUGCAAAGGAGGCGGACCUACCACGACCCCCACAGUUGAAGCUUCAAAUGGUUUUACACUGCAGACCAUCUCUCAAAGAACAGUUUGUGGCCACUGGUUUGGAAAGAGACAGUACAAAUGUGCGUAAAAAUCCACGAAUACAGAUAGACAGAUAGAUGGGCAACUCUCUCCUUCCCUGAGGAAAAGAAAGACACGCGAAACGCACGAAAGGAGAGCGAGGUCGUCAGAUUGUUCCCACUUACCAGCGGAAUUAUCGUGGAAGCUUCGUGAUACGAGCUUUUGAUAUUCAAGUCACUCAUAAGAACUGCUUUAAUCGAACGCAUACACCAAACAGAGCUUGAAUUAUGGAGCCUUCUCAAUCAGAGAUGAACAUAUUAUCAAACGGGAAAAGUCAUGACCUCGGCGAUGAUGUGGGUGUGCCAUUGAAAACAAUGCUAGAUGAGGAUCAAAAUGGCACUCAAACAGUCAGAUAUGAAGAGCCUGAUGAUGGACUGGAGAACGAGGAAUUUUUGCCCAACGAAGGCGGAAAGAAACCCAUACGUUUCACAGAUUUUGAAGGAAAGACGUCUUUUGGCAUGUCGGUCUUCAACUUGGGCAAUGCUAUUAUGGGUAGUGGAAUCCUGGGUUUAGCUUAUGCCAUGGCCAACACUGGGAUACUCCUUUUUUGGUUUCUUCUGACUGCGGUAGCAGCUCUGUCAUCCUACUCUAUUCAUCUGCUGCUCAAAUCCUCAGGCAUUGUGGGAAUCCGAGCUUAUGAACAGCUGGGGUACAGGGCCUUUGGCAAUCUUGGAAAAAUAGCUGCUGGCACAGCAAUCACCCUGCAAAAUAUUGGAGCUAUGUCCAGCUACCUUUACAUUGUUAAAUCCGAGUUACCGCUGGUCAUCCAAGCUUUCCUGAAGGUUGAGCCCAACAGCGAUCUGUGGUACUUGAACGGAAACUACCUGGUCAUCAUGGUCUCUGCCAGUAUCAUCCUGCCCCUUGCUUUAAUGAAACAGCUUGGUUACCUUGGCUACACCAGCGGGUUUUCUCUCAGCUGCAUGGUGUUCUUUCUCACUGCAGUCAUCUUCAAGAAGUUUCAGAUUCCCUGCCCCUUUGAGGAGUUCUCAGUGAAUGGUACCGCUUCCCACCUCAGCUUGAACGAUUCAGUCCAUAUCCAUGAGUACAACAACGGUGUGGUUCACGAGGAUGAUGACUCCCACUGCACCCCACGCAUGUUCACCAUCAACCCACAGACAGCAUACACCAUCCCGAUUUUGGCUUUUGCUUUUGUUUGCCACCCUGAGGUCCUGCCCAUCUACACUGAGCUACGCAACCCAUCAAAGAAGAAGAUGCAGAAGGUGUCCAACAUUUCCAUCUUAAUCAUGUACACCAUGUACUUUCUGGCAGCUCUCUUUGGCUACCUGACUUUUUAUGGCAAUGUGGAGCCUGAACUACUGCACACAUACAGCCGGAUUGAUCCUUACGACACUUUGAUCCUGUGUGUGCGAGUGGCUGUCCUUACUGCUGUAACACUGACAGUCCCCAUUGUGCUAUUCCCAGUGCGUAGAGCCAUCCAGCAGAUGAUAUUUCCCACCAAAUCUUUCAGCUGGUUACGUCAUAUUGCCAUCGCUCUCAUUCUUCUCACCUUUAUUAACAUGUUGGUGAUAUUUGCUCCUAACAUUCUGGGAAUCUUCGGCAUUAUUGGCGCCACAUCAGCUCCUUGCCUUAUUUUCAUCUUCCCUGCUGUCUUCUACAUCCGCAUUGUUCCCAAGGAAGAUGAACCCAUGAACUCUCUUCCUAAGAUAAUGGCUGCCUGCUUUGCCGCUUUGGGUUUCUCCUUCAUGGUAAUGAGUCUGAGCUUCAUUAUUAUCGACUGGACAACAGGGGAAGGCCUCGCUGUUGGAGGACACUAAGUGCUGCUUCAUUGUGUGUAGUCUUAGGGAAGGGGUACAUACUGUAAAACGGUCAAUGGUUAGAAAAUACUGUCAAGUAAGCAGGAACACACUACAGGGCUGCUAAGAACAGCUUCCGGAUUUCUAAAUGUGUAAAACACCCAGUAUAGUAUGUGGGUAGAAAGGAAUCACUCUUGGAAAUCAAUGUCACUUUCUGACUGUAAUUUAACAUGUAUCUGUACAAAAUCCAUUCAUUUCAAUAUUUUAUUAUUUAAGUUAACAGAGUGUAAAAUUUUAUUUGAAUAAUUACGAAUGAACAGGGUUGUUGUUCUGUUUAGUUUUUUUGUUACCCUGUGUUAGUGCGAUAACAUCCAAGGAUGCAGGGAUGAUAGUGAAAUUGUCUUUCCCUGUUGUUUUCCCUUUACUCACACACACAAACAGCUGCAGCUGGUACUGUACAGAGAAAGACAGUAUGAUUGACAGUAUGAAAGGAAACAAAUUAAGAUAAAGUAUAAACAAGAGACAGUAAAAGAACAUAUUUUUUAUGUAAUAUUAGUUAUUUUCCAUUAAAUGCACAGAAGAAAACAGAUUAUUUCAACCUGCACCAGCAGCGAUCUGAACUGUUCAUUCUCAUCAUUAUUAUGUAAUAUUAUAUAGUGAGGUGUUUUAAAGCCUUAGAGCAUGGCUGACAUUUAAUUAUGUGUAUGUAUUGUUUGCUUCAUAUGCAUAAAUCAACAAAUUUUAUUCAAAAACCUGGGUGCCUUUUAGCAUUUAACAAAAAGCACACAAAGAUACGAUGAAAGCAAGAGUUUAUAUUUAUUUAGCUAACUACCAGAAACAUGUUUUUAAUUUCAAAUGAAAUAUAUUUAAUUCUACUUUAUACAAUGAAACCAAUACUCAUGAUACAGAGAUAAUUCACACAAAUAAUAUUUCACUUGUUUGUUAAAAUGUAAAGUGUUUGAUAAAGAAAUGCCUUUUUAAUGCUUUUGUAGUGCAUAUAAGCCAACUGUGACCCUUAAUAUAAAGAGUUCAAGUUUACUUUAACACUUUGUAGAAGUUUAUUUACCUUAUUUUAUUCCUUCUUCGAGGGUUUCAGAAAUAAUUUCUUUACUCUACCACAUCACUACAAUUUACAAGUUGGAUGAUGACUGGGUUUAAAAAAAAUAAAUCUAAACAAGUGCCACGCUUUUCAUGGAUAAAAAAGAACACCUACAUGAACGUUUAAAGCCCAGUAAUGAGCAUGUUAUGUCCAGUUUCCAGUCUUUUUGCUCAGCUAAGAUAACAGCUAGGUAGCUCUACUUUUAUAUUUAUCGUAAGACGUAAAACUGGUGAUGAUCUCGUUUAAUUUUAAGCAGCAUCAAAGAGAAUGUUCAUCUUCCCAAACUGUCCCAACUAUUCGCUCACUUUUAAUCACCCGUGGUUAAAAUUUAAAGGAUGUAUUUGCCCAGAUUCCAAAUACAUAAAUAAAGGCCAUGUAAAUAGUUUGGUUGUACCCAGGGUUUAAUAGGAAUUUUAUAAACAAAUGUAUAGACACGAUGUAUAUAUCUAAAAAAAAUAAGCAAAUAAAACCAAAACGUCAUCCAUUGCUAGAUGCCACUAGGUAAAAAUGAAGAAAAUGUAGUUUCUAGUUGUAAUUCAGUUUGGACCUCUGACCUCUGACCUCUGAGUUGUUGGGUUUUUUUGUUGUUGUUGUUGUUGUUGUUUUUUGGCUCUGCCUGCUGGAAAUCUGUAAAAUUAAAAUGAGUUAAUUUGAUAGAUCGAUGUGAUGAUGAUGCUUUUGUUAUUCUGUCGCAUUAUCAUUGCUUCACUAGUUGAUAGUAAUUUGCUUGGUCUUGUUGGCCAUAAACAUGAAGUUAAUCUUUUUGCAUGAUGUCAAGUCUGUUCUGUAUUUGGUGUAGUGAGCAGAGAUUUGCCUUCCAGCACUGUCACAUAGAGAUGUUAAGUAAUAACUGUGCAUUUGGCAUCUUAUAGUGAAGCGUACUGAAGUCCCAAUCUGUUUUGUGUUACGUGUUAAAAAGUCGUUCUUAAAAAAAAAACCCUCAGACUAUUACGAUUACUGUCAUUACGCUCAGAGAGAGAAGACUUUUUUUUUAGUUUAAUUCAUGUGUGUUGAGGAAUACCUCCCAAGUUUUGGCUUAAAGUGAUCUCAACACCCAUAACGGGUAUGACUAACUACAUAGGAGUAUGCUUUCACAGACUACAGGGGCUUUAGAUUAUGUAAUAUAUAUGAAUAUAAACCAUAAAUUCACAGCUUUUAAACCAAUGGAAAAUUUUCUCAUGGUCAAAAGUGAGAAAAGCUUAUGACAAAUACUUCUACCCAAAGAUGGUUUUAUAUUGUAUAACAACUCCCAGACUUUAGAAAAGUCAAGGACAAAUUCUCAGUUUAUUUAUAUAUAACUCUAUUUUCUGUUUUUUGUAGCAGUUUUGACUCCAGGUUAAGUUGGGGUUUUUUUUUCAGACUAAUCAUGAGCAGAAGAAAUAUCCAGUAUCCUUUUCAGUAUUGCUUUGUCACAUUUACUUGCUGUGCUCCUUGUAGUGUUAUUGGAGGUUUAGUCUCAUCAAGUUCAGUAACCAAAGUUACUAAAGGGAUCUUGGGGUUACUUUAAGGGAUCUUUCCAAAAUAACAACUGACUACCUACUGCUUUAAAAUGCUAUAGCUUUUAAACAUGUGCCACCACAUGAUAUCAAAUGUUAAUCCAUCAUGUAUGUAAGAAAAUCUAUGUGAUAUGUUACUAGAGCUGUAGUUCAAGAAGUUAAUUAUAACGUCGCUACAAGUAGAUAACAAUGCCUCUGGACUUUGGUGACUUUAUAUAAAUAAUGUAUAUAAAUGUAUGCCUUUUAUAUUUGUGUUGCAUAUUUACAGUAGCUUGUAAAGUGUAAAUAGCUGAACAAUUUUAGUUUGCCAAUAAAAUAAUUGUAGAUGUUUUUAGAUUGUCUUUCUUGGCCUCAUUUACCCCUUGACUCAAACAAAUUGUUAUUUGGACAGUGUGUGUUUCUGUUUUUUUUUUUUUUCUUUUACUAUGUACUGCUCUUAAUUUGUAGGCAAUUUUAGUAUUUGAUAGAUAUUAAUACAAUAAUAUGUGCAAGCCUUGAGUCAUUCUUCAUUUCUUUUUUAUAUUGCUAGGAAAAUGCAUUCUCUGUCAAGAUGAUCCCGCACUACUUAAGUAAUGUUAAAAUCUGGGCUUUUGGUGAUUGGUGGCAUCUAUGAAUGUUAGUGCCUCAUCGUGUGUUUUGCUAUCUUGGUCUGUUUGUAUUGCACUGGCAAUAUGCUUCAGAUCGCUGUCAUGCUGAAAAAUAAAUGAGAUCCUUUCCAGAUGGUGGAUCGAAAUC